AUGCCGCCGCUGCCAUCCCCUCCAAUUUCCGCCCAGAAGCAGACCGGUUCUAAGAGAAUGAGCACGGCCAGAGCUUCCACGGCCGCCAGCCAAGCACGAGCAAGCACGUCACAGAGUCCUUCGAUCGGAACCUCUCGAGCGAACAGAAACCCCAAGGUUCGAGGCAGUACGGACAGAGACGCCGAAAACAAGCCAGCACGACCUAGCACCAGGAGGACAUCAACGAUUAGCACUGUGGGUCAAGAGAAGAGGCACAGCAAGGAUGGGACAGUACAAAGGCGGGCGAAGGAGGUGGAGGGACUCAGGGACUACCAGUUGAGCGACUGCUUGGGAAGAGGCGCGUUCGGGAGUGUGUAUCGGGCUUUCAAUUGGAGCAAUGGCGAGACGGUUGCAAUCAAGCAGAUAAAGCUGACAGACCUACCGAAGACGGAGCUCAACACCAUCAUGCAGGAGAUUGAACUUCUCAAGAAUCUACAACAUGCCAACAUCGUCAAGUACCACGGCUCCGUGCGCGAUACCAACAACUUGUACAUCAUAUUGGAAUACUGUGAGAACGGCAGUCUACACAGCAUUUGCAAGAACUUUGGCAAAUUUCCGGAGAAUCUGGUGAGCCUGUACACGGCUCAGGUGCUGCAUGGGCUACUGUUCUUGCACGAUCAGGGUGUCAUUCACCGAGACAUCAAGGGCGCCAAUAUCUUGACGACGAAGGAAGGCUUGGUGAAGCUGGCAGACUUUGGUGUUGCUACGAAGCAGCAAGGUUUGGCAGAAGGAAGUGUGGUCGGCACACCGUAUUGGAUGGCCCCCGAGGUCAUUGAGCUAUCUGGUGCCACUACAGCAAGCGAUAUCUGGUCUCUUGGUUGCACGGUCAUCGAGCUAUUGGAUGGCAAGCCACCGUACCAUAAGCUUGCACCCAUGCCGGCAUUAUUCCGAAUCGUAAACGACGACCAUCCACCUCUACCAGAAGGAGCUAGUCCGCUUAAAGAUCCAAACCUACGUGUGUCGGCAAAGAAGCUGCUGAAACACCCUUGGAUUGUGUCAACGAAGAAGAACGACGUGAAGAAGCCGACAGAGUACGAUGAGGCGGUGAAGAGUGUCCAGGAAUGGAACGAAGCAUUGAAGGCUUCUCCUCCGAAUGCACAUGCUGGCAAUGCAGGUAGCCGUCGGUCCUCUGCUCGGCCAGGCUCCAGACCGGACUCGAGAGGUCUCGCAAAACCAGUGAUGAAGAAGUAUGAUCAUCCAGCGCCGACAGCAAAGACGGCGCAAAAGCCCGAAGCCCGACGAACCCAGACUCGAGAGCUUUGUAUGUCGCCACAGGAGUACGAGAGGCAAGACAAUUGGGAUGAUGACUUUGAACCACUUUCGGCCAAUCUUGCUGCGCUCCAGCUCGCCGAUCGUUUGAAGCCUCAAGACAACUUUGCUGGUCUCUUCAGCUCGGAAAGGCUGAAGCAGUAUGCUAGCACCGACUCGAUACCAGGCAUGGAUGGCAAGGUAGAGGAGUGGGAUGAAGAGUUCGAAGGCGAUCUGACCGUUCGCUCAUCACUGACGCUGGACAAAGGAAACGCCGUCGAGACCGUCCGCCCAUUCUAUCCCUCACGCACGAGCUCAAAUGAGAUCAGAAACCAGCCACCGCCAAACUUCACCAAGCGGCAGCCAUCGCACGAGCCACCCGCACGAAGAGCUAGCAAAGACUCUCAGCCACGGACUCAGAUCUUGCGACCAGCGCAGAAGAGUAAAGGGCAGCCGGCAGCGAGUCAAGCUGUUCCACCUGCCUCCAAGCGAACCACACAACCAGCCAAAGCCGACAGAGACAGGUACCGGGAGGAAGAGGAUGAGGACUACUCCGAUUUGGUACCGGCAGACGACGACGCAUUUCAUAAGAAGAUUGCAGCCUUCUCACCAAGCAGGCCCUUCAAUCCUCACGACCUCAGAAAGAUGCAGCAUGUGGGUGGCAGUGUGCGGCGUAGGACGUUGACACCGACCAAUCUUGUUCACGAUGCAGCCGCCAUUCGAAGGUCGAGGAGUAGCUUGGAGAUCCAAAAAUACGCCGAAGUCGAGGACGACGAAGACUUCACUGACCUGUGCUUUGGCGAGGACAAUGGUGCGCCAAUGCACCUCCAGCCCGUCAAGACAAGGUCACCGAAGUCAGCAGGCAGUGAGUCCACCGCUGGCUCCGAGCGCGGAACAAUGAAGGUCAGCGGUAGCUCUUCGUUAAUCUUGGACGAUGAGGAAGAGGACGAAGACGACCCAUUCGCCGCGCUUGAAGAAGAGCUGGAUCAGGUUGAUUUGGAUGAGAACGUCGCACGUGACAAGCAUGCUCGCCUUUGCACCAUGGUCGAAGGCCUCGUUGCGGAUCUCAAGCUUUCACAACCUGAUGAUGUACUUGGAGAAAUCGUCGACCAGCUUCUCCAGGUCUUGACCGAGUCGCCGGAUCUAAAGUCUGUCCUUGUCAGCAGUCACGGGAUGUUACCAAUACUGGAGAUCUUGGACACAUGCAACCGGCCGCAUACCAUCCUCAAGCUGCUCAAGAUUGUCAACAAUAUCAUCAGUCCUUCGAAUGUGGAAGUCCAGGAGAACCUGUGCUUUGUUGGUGGCAUCCCAAUCAUAUCGAAAUUCGCGCACAAGAAGUACUCGUCAGAAAUACGGUUGGAAGCUGCCGGGUUUGUGAAGAUGAUGUACCUCACGUCGACUUUGACGCUGCAAAUGUUCGUCUCUUGCGGUGGGCUGAACGUACUGGUCGAGUUUCUCGAGGAGGACUACGAUAGCGACCUUGGUCGCGAACUGGUUUUGGUCGGAGUCAACGGUGUCUGGAGCGUCUUCGAGCUGCAAGGCCCAACGCCAAAGAACGACUUCUGUCGCAUCUUCAGCCGGAGCUCGGUGCUAUACCCGCUGAGCUUGGUGCUCAAUCGAGUCUUGGACGAAGAAGGAGAGCAGGCGGAGCUGGUCGAGGGCCGGAUCGUCAACAUCUUCCUGCUCUUCAGUCAAGCCGAAAAUCACGUCAAGGAGUCGGUCGCCGAUCGCAUGGUGCUCAAGACUGUCCUCAAAGACCUGAAGCGGAUGAGCCCACAACACCAGAUCACGAUGCUGAAGUUCAUCAAGAAUCUGUCCAUGCUCGCCACGACAUUGGAUGGGUUGCAGAACAGCAAUGCGAUAGAAGUGCUCACGGACUUGCUCGGCGCCAGCAUGCACGCGGCGCACUUCCGCGAGAUCAGCAACCAAGUCUUAAAUACGAUGUACAACCUCUGCCGCCUCAGCAAGGCCCGGCAAGAAGACGCUGCUCUCAAUGGCGUGAUACCGCUACUCCAGCGCAUCAUCAAGACCGAGCGACCGCUCAAGGAGUUCGCCUUGCCGAUUCUGUGCGAUAUGGCACACAGUGGGAAGGUCGGCCGGAAGGUCCUCUGGCAGAACAAAGGUCUGCAGUUCUACGUGUCCUUACUGGCAGAUCAGUACUGGGCGGUCACUGCACUUGAUGCCAUCUUCAUCUGGCUGCAGGAGGAAACUGCUAAGGUCGAGGAGCAUCUACUACGGAACGACUCGGCGUUCAGCGCAGCUGUGCUCCAGUGCUUCAACGAGAGCAAGGCGGAUGCAUUCGAGAAUCUGCUCGAGCCUCUGCAGAAGAUGCUCCGUCUAUCACCACCGAUCGCUGCAAGCCUUGCGCACAAGACACUGUUUGAGCGUACGGCGGUCAAGGUCCACGCAAAGAAGCCGCUUGUGCGUCUCAACCUGCUACGUGUCAUACGCAGCAUCUGCGACGCCAGCGAAGAGCAAGGUGCUCUCAUCACUCGAUAUGGCCUCUUGGAUAGCGUGCAAGGACUCGCUAGACACGAUCCUGCCAUCUUGGUUCGCGAGAUGGCGAAUGACCUUGUAAAGAGCAGCGAGUACGCUAAGACACAAGCUGCUCGCUUUGCCGGUGCCCGUAGGAGCUCAAGCAGCACAAUGAAUUCGCCUCUCCCGCCUUCAUCGGGCAUGGGAACGCCCAUUGAGCGUGCUGGCAGCAGGAAUGAAUACUUUGACUUGAGCAUGGAAAUCGACCGAUCACGGCCAGUAGCGAGCUCGCCCUACCGUCCAGUAAGCCGUGGUGCCAGCUCGUCAUCUUCGAGCAGCCAAGUCCUCCCGACCAAUUGGAGCAACAGCAAUCUUGCGGCGCAAGCUGGUGGACGGAACAGUAGACUCGCUGGCCGACAGCAACCCAGCCGGGCGCAGAGUCGACUAAGUCUUCUGCCUCCGACGAAUUUGACUGGAACGGUGGCGCAUCGAGGAGAGAAUGCUACGCCGACGCAUGCGCCGCCGAGCGCUAAUACCAGGAGUAGCAUUGCCGCUAACGCGAGGCGGAGACGGCAGACUAGUGGUGCGGAGCUUGGGCGGUAG